AGAGGAUAUCCGGUGUAAAUGUACUGCCCACCGUACAGAGACAUCGAUGGACAGAUCUAACAAACAAAAUGUAUCUCUAAAGGAUUGUAACUGCCUUCAUGUUGUGGAGCCAAUGCCCGUUGAUGAAAAGGAUGUGGAGGCGUACUGUCUGCGUUGUGAAUGCAAAUAUGAGGAGAGGAGUUCUGGAACUAUCAAGGUGACUAUCAUAAUCUACCUGUCCAUCCUGGGCCUGCUUUUCCUCUACAUGGUGUACCUGACCCUGCUGGAGCCCAUGCUGAAGAGGAGGCUCUUUGGACACUCACAGCUCCAGAAUGAUGAUGAUGUCGGGGACCAGCAGCCUUUCGCCAACGCCCACAACGUAUUGUCUCGUUCGACCUCUCGUCCCAACAUGCUGAACAAAGUGGAGCACGCUCAGCAGCGCUGGCGGAGGCAGGUCCAGGAACAGAGGAAGUCUGUGUUUGACCGCCAUGUGGUGCUCAGCUAAACUCAUCCCCAGGAAACAAAAACCCUGGGUGAAGCAAAACAUAUUACUGUGUUUUUGACUGUGUGGCCAUUUUUUUUUUUUUUUGUCUGAUUCUUUCCCGGACUUCUGAGCUUCAUCCUUAUUGGUGUUUUGUUCCUCAACUGGACCUGUAUUUCAGGAAAUGUGAUCAUAUAGCUCUAUGUAUUCAGGAGGUGAUCAUAAAGGGUCUCUACAUCAGUAGGAUGAAGUGGGGUGUUGCAUUUGAGACCUUUGACUUAAGAUAAUGCCAGUGUCUGUAUGACUUUGUAUACUUUCUGAUUUAAUAAUACUAAUAGAAAGUUAGAUGUUACAGUUUGUAGCCCCCCCCAAAAAUGGAUAAUGCGUGCCAUUUUGCACAAGCUGAUGAUAAUCUUUGGCUUCUGAUAAAGUAUAAACGAUGUGUGACCUUAUGCACUCUUUUACAGUAAUGUUGGCAGCUUCUGAUAACAGUAAAUGCUUGCCAUGUCACCAAUGAAAUUAGGUGAGACAUUUGAGGGUAGAGUAAAUAAAACAAAAAAAUAUCAUGCCAAAAUGAAUCACUCAAGCUAAUGAAAACGUCUACAAUAAAUGUAACAACUGCUACCUAAACUACAGAAGAUGGGAAUGAGUUGGAAACAGUAAAAAUUUGUAACAUCAGUCUCUUGUCAAAAAGCAUGUUUUUUAAGAAGUGAUGUAUAAACUUAUUUACAACCUUUUACCCUAAACAACAGUUCAUGUACAGAUGUAUGUAUUUCAUUGUGUGCUGACUGUGGUGUCAACAUUCCUGUAUCAUGUUCUCCUGUAGGUCUAAUGUAGCAUUUGGGAGACAUUUUGACUGUUAACCUAUCAUCUGAUGGUACAUUUAAUGUAAACAUUAGUCCUCU